GAGAAGGUUUUUGAGAGCACUACCUUCCUCCUUUCGGUGUUUGUCGUAAGAGGCGUCCUGCUGAACGCAGCACCAGAGAGGCUGGCAGAGGUGAGGUUUGGAAAGAGUUCCAGGAUGAAGUCUUCCGUUCCAGCUCUUCUGAUCGUCUCCCUUGUGAUGUCCCUCAACAGCUACACCCAGCAGGCUCUUUACUGCCCGCCCCAGCCUGCUCCAGAAAAUAUCACAGAGUUUGUCUGCAACUCCCCAUCUCUCCAUGAAUUUCCCACCGGCUUCCCCGUACGAGCCAAAAUGAUCUCCGUUGAGUUCACCCAGGUCUCCAGCCUUGGCGUGGAAGCCCUCCAAGGACUUCCAAAGCUCCAGGAACUUCAUCUCUCCAACAACAGGCUGAAGACCCUUCCGAGUGGCCUCUUCCGUAACCUCCCGGAACUGCACACCUUGGAUCUGUCCACCAACCUCCUUGGAGAUCUACCUCCAGGGAUCUUCACCAACACAACGAGCCUGACGCAUGUAUCCAUCAGUGAAAACCAACUGGCUGAACUGCGCCGAUCCUGGUUCGAAACCCUGGAGAAUCUGAGGAUGCUGAGCCUUGACCACAAUCAACUGGAGGAGGUCCCGAUUUCUUGUUUCGAUAAGCUGAAGAAGUUGACUUUUCUAGAUCUCUCCUCCAACCGCCUCCAUCACCUCUCUCCAGACAUGUUCAGCGGCCUAGAGAAUUUGGAGAGGUUGAACCUGGGAAACAACCCAAUCCGAUGUAUUGCCCCGAGAUCCUUCCAUUGGAGACCCAAGCUGAGCAUGAUCUCCCUGAAUAACUGCAGCCUAACCAACAUCAUAAUUGGGGUCUUUCAGCCACUGGACAAUCUGGAGCUGCUGGACCUCUCCGACAAUGAUCUCACCACGCUGGAUCCUCCAGUUGCCAUCCCGUCUUCCAAACUCACUCUGGAUCUUUCAGGAAACCCUUGGGCCUGUGACUGCCGUAUGGAGAAUCUUCUAACCUGGGUCAAGGAACACAAGAUCCAUUUAUAUGCCGAGCGGGAAACGAUCUGCGCUUUCCCAAAGCUUUUCAAGGGUGAGGAGGCAACUUCGUUUCAAAAAUCCCAAAUUUGUGGUUACCAGAGGACGGAUCGGGUUCCCAAGGAGACACCAGGACACCUAAUGGCGACAAUGUCACCUGUGACACUAGGGGAUCUGUCCCAUCACGUGGUGAUGAAGCCUUCAACUCCACUUCUUCUGAUCGCCUGCCUUGUGAUGUCCCUCAACAGCUACACCCAACAGGUCCCUCACUGUGUGUCUCUUCCCGGCUCAGAAAAGACGGUUUUUAUCUGCAAUGCUUCAUCGCUCCAUGAAUUUCCCAAAGGCUUCCCCAGUGAAACCAAGACAAUCUCCGUUCAGUCCACCCAGAUCUCUGGCCUUGACGCGGAGGCCCUGCAGGGUCUUCCGGAGCUCCAGGAGCUCUAUCUGACCAACAACCAGUUGAAGACCCUUCCAGGUGGCCUCUUCCGUAACCUCCCACACCUGCACUACCUGAAUCUUUCCAGAAAUCUCCUGGAAGAUCUACCUCCAGCGCUCUUCGCCAAUGCAGGUAACCUGACCUACUUAGCCCUCGGUGGAAACCAACUGGCCGAACUGCGCCGGUCCUGGUUCGAUACCCUGGGGGACCUCAAGACCCUGCAUCUCGAGCACAAUCAGCUGAAGGAGAUCCCGGAUUCUUGCUUCCAAAAGCUGACCCUGCUGACGUUCCUGGAUCUCUCCUCCAACCUCCUCCGCUGCCUCUCUCCAGAGAUGUUCAGAGGCCUCACGUUUUUAACGGCCUUACUACUGGAAAACAACCCCAUCAAGUCGAUUGCCCCUAACACCUUCCAUGGGACUCCCAAGCUGAAGAUGAUCUCACUGAGGAACAGCAGCCUGACCCAUGUUCCGCCUGGGCUCUUUCGGUUCCUGAGGUAUCUUCAAUGGUUGGAUCUUUCCAGCAAUGAGAUCGCCUCUCUGGAUUCUCCCUUGGUCUCUUGGUCUUUUGGACUCCUGCUCAAAAUCUCUGGGAACCCCUGGGCGUGUGACUGCCGCCUGCAGGCCCUCUUCGACUGGUUCCGGGAAGACUUCGUGCUUUUGUUCCCUAAUCUCCCCAAUGUGCUCUUGCUUUGUGGAGCUGUCAGCAGCUUCGGCAGCCUAGGGGCCUGGCUCAAGAUCGCGAGGAAAAGGGGGUUUACGGGUGUCUCUGGCUGGNCCGGCUCAGAAAAGACGGUUUUUAUCUGCAACGCUUCAUCGCUCCAUCAAUUUCCCAAAGGCUUCCCCAGUGAAACCAAGACAAUCUCUGUUCAGUCCACCCAGAUCUCCAGCCUUGACACAGAGGCCCUGCAGGGUCUUCCAGAGCUCCAGGGGCUCUAUCUGACCAACAACCAGUUGAAGACCCUUCCGGGUGGCCUCUUCCGUAACCUCCCACACCUGCUCUCCCUGGAUCUUUCCGGAAAUCUCCUGGAAGAUCUAGCUCCAGCGCUCUUCGCCAAUGCAAGUAGCCUGGCCGACUUAAUCCUUAGUGAAAACCAACUGGCCGAACUGCGCCCGUCCUGGUUCGAUACCUUGGAGGACCUCAGGGCCCUGAGUCUCGACCACAAUCAGCUGAAGGAGAUCCCAGAUUCUUGCUUUCGUAAACUGACCCUGCUGACGUUCCUGGACCUCUCCUCCAACCUCCUCCGCUGCCUCUCUCCGGAGAUGUUCAGAGGGCUCACGUCGUUAAGGGUCUUACGUCUGAAAAACAACCCCAUCCAGUCGAUUGCCCCCAACACCUUCCAUGGGACUCCCAAGCUAGGGGACAUCUCACUGAGGAACACCAGCCUGACCCAUGUUCCAGCUGGGCUCUUUCGGUCCUUGAAGCAUCUGGGAUGGUUGGAUCUCGCCAACAAUGAUAUCGUCUCUCUGGAUUUUCCCUUGGUCAACGUGACUUUUGCGCUCAAGCUCGAUCUCUCCGGGAACCCCUGGGCGUGUGACUGCCGCCUGCAGGCCCUCUUCAACUGGGUCCAGAAAGAUGUCGUGUUUUUGUACCUCGAGGACGUGGUCUGCACUUUCCCCAAACGUUUGAAGGGUCAAGUUGCAACUUCACUUAACGGAUCCCAACUUUGUGCCUGCUAAAACCUUCGAGACGGAUCUUUUCCCAGCCUGCUCAGCUGGUGUGCUGCAAGAUGGAUGGACUUCAACUCCCAGAAUUCCCAAGCCGGCAUGCUUUCAGAUGAUUGGACUUCAGUUCCCAGAAUCCCCCAGCCAUCAUGUAUAGACUUCAACUCCCAGAAUUCCCAAUGAGCCUGCUGUCACAUCUGUUAUAAAGAAUGAAAAAGGGGGAAAUGGUGUAGCAAACAAAGCAAUAAAAGAAAUAAAACAAGAUA